AUGGCUCGAAUUAAAACUAGUGCAAAGCGAAAAAUGUCUCCUUUUGAUCCAGAAACUGACUCAGACAACUACUCAAGUCCUGAAUCCACACGACAAGGAUUAAAACAAAAGUCAGUAUCUCCUCCUAGGGCACCUCCUAAACCGUCCGCUCAAAAGGCCAAAAAACCUUCAUCGUCAAAACCCUCUGCCUCCUCCAUCAGACGAUCUUCAAGAGUUCAAUCUGGGGCUGUCCUUUCAAAUAAGAAGGUUACUCAGGACUCAACUGUGCAUGAGAUUGAUUCGGACGAUUCCAAAGGUCAUGCCUCUGCCAAAUCGGUUCCUAAAUCUUCCUCCAAACCGUCCACUCCAAAACGGCAGAAAACCAAAUCAUCUGAACCAAGAAAACCGACUCCAAAGAAAUCUCAUUCAUCCAAACCGAUUCCUGUCCCUCUCUUUAACUCCACAGAAUCGGAGUUGAAUUACACCUCAAAAUGGUUUAACAAAUCUGUGGUUCAUGUUAGUAAGGAUCCAUCUGCGCAUAAUGCUGCUCCUUCAGAUAAGGAUGGUGAAGACUUAGCUUUUGAUCUGAAUGUCUCAUAUGAUCACCACUCCUCAAAAAGCCCUCGUAAGAACAUACCAUCUCAGGUAAGCCUGAACUCUUCUCCUAUCUCUCCGAAUGUUGCUCAUUCUGAUCCGGAUUUACAAGAAAAAUCCAAAUCUCCUUUGGCUCCACCUUUUGAAAAUUUUUCCAAGGAUAAGGCUAAAAGUUCAAAAUCCAAAAGAGCUCGUAAGGAUUCAACCACCAGCAUGAAAUCGGCAGAAACUAAGAACAAACGGUUUUUAAAGCUUCUAAAGACCAUUAGGAAAGACCAAAAGAAGUUGUUGGUUACUUUUUCUCACUUUCAAAACACUAUCACUCAGUUUGGACUCGUUCUGGAAUGGGUUACCAAACACUUGGGUUCAUCAGCUGCUGCCCGUGAUCAGCCUCCUGUGCUACUAGCCCAGUUCUCUUUUGCCCCCGACUCAACAUCUUCAUCAUCUGAAGAUUCAUCUUCCGCUGAUUGA